AUGACUAACUAUGUAUUACAGUGUUGUUGUCAAGAUGGAACUUUUCAAACGAGGACGCAUCACAUAUAUAUUCCUAAUCAGUAUUACCAUAUUGAAUGGUGGGACAUGGGCCCAAGACGCAGCAGACAAUAAGGAUACAAUUGUAAACAAUGAGGAUGAACCAUUGUGUGAUAAAGAUAAGACUGAGACAUCAGAUUGUGGUUGUGGAGGAGGCGCUACCAACCGUAAAACUACAACAGAUGAUACAGAAACCUCCACAAUCAAUAAGGAAUCAAAUGUUAAAAGUGCAACUUCAAAGUAUACAUCUGCUGCAAAUGUUGAAAGCAAGUACACAAGGACAAAUAACAUGGUGUUUAUAGAUGGAGGAACAUUCCAAAUGGGCACUAACAGUCCUUUAAUUAUGGCUGAUGGAGAAGGGCCUGAACGAGAAACCAGAGUGAAUGACUUUUAUCUGGAUGUCCAUGAGGUAUCAAAUGCCGAAUUUGAGCUAUUUGUUGACGCUACAAAUCAUGUGACUGAAACGGAAACAUUUGGUGAUUCAUUUGUAUUUGAGGGGAUCAUAAGUGAGGAAAUUAAAAAAGAUAUUACGCAAGCUGUUGCUGCUGCCCCCUGGUGGCUGCCUGUGAAAAAAGCAGAUUGGCGCCAUCCAGAGGGACCUGAUACAUCGCUAGAGGGCCGUAUGACUCACCCUGUACUGCAUGUAUCCUGGAACGAUGCUGUGGCAUAUUGCAAAUGGGCAGGCAAACGCCUCCCUACUGAAGCUGAGUGGGAGUAUGCAUGUAAGGGUGGUCUAAAGAAUCGACUCUUUCCAUGGGGAAAUAAAGAUGUCCCUAAAAACACACAUAAAAUGAACAUAUGGCAAGGUGAUUUUCCUAAUACAAACACAGCCGAAGAUGGCUAUGAGAAAACUUGCCCUGUUGAUGAAUUUGAACCACAAAAUAAAUAUGGUCUCAAGAAUAUGGUGGGGAAUGCAUGGGAAUGGACAUCAGAUUUCUGGACUCCAGACCACUCAAACUCUGCGCAGGAUAACCCUAAGGGCCCCGAGACAGGGACUGAUAAAGUUAAAAAAGGAGGUUCUUAUAUGUGCCAUGAGUCAUAUUGUUAUAGAUACAGGUGCUCAGCUAGAUCUCAGAAUACGCCUGAUAGUUCAUCCAGUAACCUUGGCUUCAGAUGUGCAGCAGACAAACUACCGGAAUAUCUGCAGCAUUAAGAUAUUAUCCAAUCAUGACAAAGAUAUUUAAAACAGCGAAAAUAAUAUUAUUCAUAUCUCCAUUUUCGUAAAAAUAAACAAGGGCACAUAAUGCAAUAAAAUAUUGUAAAACAUGUUUAAUUCAUUAUAAGUUUAUAAUUUUCAAGAAUAUUGAUUUAUAUCUUUAUUUUGCUUCAUGAUGAAUUGACUUCAGUAAAACCUAUAUAUCUGAACAUUUCUCUCAUCGGAAUCUCUGUGAACAUUUUUCAGUCCCAUUUCUUAAUCUGCUUAACUUUUAUGUUCAGAAUACAUGUACACCUGCAAAUCUGAACACUUUUGGCCAGUUCCAAUGACAUUCUGAUCAGACAGGUUUUACUGUAUAUAUUAGAGAUUUUUCAAUUGAUAUCAAUGUAAAAUUCAUGAAUUAGACCAUAGGUGAAUUCAACAUGAGAGUACAUUAAGGCCGAUCCAGAAGUUCUGAUAAAAAUGCUCUAACUUAAAAAGUUUAUCAUCUGUUUUCCACAAUAUUUUCAGAGUACAUGUAACUGGGUCAUUUAUUCCCUCAUAGGAUGUAAAACAUUUAGAUGCUGGUAAUGAAUAUUUCUGAAGUUAUGGUUGCUAUGGUAACCUCAAUAAACCUAUAUACAGCACCUUUUGAAAUUCUAUUCUUUUGCAAACAGAAAUAAAUUAUUAUUUUGAUUCAUGGGCUAGUUAACUUUAACAGUAAAUGUAAAAUAUGAAUAAGUGUGGCAUGAGUAAAGAGGCUUAGAAGAACAGUGCGUUCAUAAAGAUUAGUUAUACACUUAUUUCAUAUCACAAUGUUGUAAGAUGGUUUGACUAUUUGUUAGGCCUGUAUUGCAUGCCACCAAAUGUUCUCAUGAUUUAUCCUCUAUCUGGUGCUAAAUUAUCAUUUUAUCUAAUUUUUUUAUUGAUUAUGUCCAGAAUUGGUCAAAAUGUGAAUAUGAUUUUCCAAAUCUCAUCCAAGGGCAAGAGCGGUACCAGGUAUUACCCAGAAUUCAUUAAUGAGCCUACAGUAUGUUCAUGUAAAGAUGAGCCUCUAGGUUGUAGUUUUACAAAUGGUUCAACAAAUGCUAAUGUAACAGAGUUAAACGUAAUGCAACUGGGUGUGCCAUUAUUGCAAUGUAGCAGUAUGUUAUAUCUUAUAGUCUAUCUAAGAUAAAGUUAUUAUCUUUCUUUAUUAUAUACAGAUAUCAAUGUAAACCACCCUUCUGUUAUUUUCCCAUUAUUGAAAUAUAAUGUUUGCUCGCUGAACAAAGAGCAUGCACAGACGUUUGACUAUAAAUAAAAGUAAAAGUUUUUGCAAUUCAAAGCUUCUAUAUUUUGAGGUUUUUACAUUUUAAGGUUUUCACAUUUUGACAUUUUCACAUUUUAAGGUUUUCACAUUUUGAGAUUUUCAUAUUUGAAGGUUUUCACAUUUUGAGAUUUUUACAUUUUAAUGUUUUCAGUUUCACAAUUUAGACUGUAAACAUUGAAGUGUCAGUUUCCUGAUAUUGGUAUUAAUGGAAAAAAGAAUGCCUAACAGAGAAGUGUUGAGUGUUCAUUUAAAAGAAGUGUUCAUUUAAAGAAGUUUUCCUACUUUCCACUUUACAAUACAAUUCUACAAAAUAUAUAUUUUUGAACUCCAUUUGUUAUGGAUGAAAGUUUUGGUUCAGCUGAAGUUGCUCAUUUAUAACUAGUUGUGUAUGCUGUGUAACUAAAAUUGCUAUUAAUAAUGCAGAUAAUGCAAUUUAGCUUUUGUAUUUGUUAUUUUAACUAGUUUUCAUGUAUAGUAGAGCCUGUGUAAGUGGAACACCCUCGGGACCACUAAAAAGUGUUCCACUUAAGAGGUGUUCCACUUAAAGUGGUUCAUUAACAUGGAGAAUAUGGGUCAUGGGACUUUAAAAACAUGGUUCCACUUGUGAGGUGUUCCAUUUACAGACGUGUUCUUCUUCACAGGUUCUACUGUUCUAUUUUGUAAAUAUAACUGCUGUUUAGAUUUACUGCAUUGAGAUCAUUUUAUUCAAGUACUUAGUACUUGGUACCAACUGCUACAUACAUUUUUGUACACAAUGUGGUAAUAAAGACAUAGGGGAUAUCCGAUUAUGUAUUAUUAAUGGCCAUGAUAUUUACAUGAGGGAGCGUAACCAUGGAUAUUAACUAUGGAAUAAAUAAAUUACGUCAACAUAAAACAUCACUCAUAAUAUAACAUAUAGACAACCUACAAUGUUACAUGUAUGCACAUAGUGGGAAAAUCCAAUACCUAGUAGGUUCCACGGAAAGAAUUAGUUAAGAGGCUAUUUCAACAUUCCAUUUCAUUAUCUAAUUACAUAUAAUUACAUUUCAGUGUCCUAAUGAAGAUAAAAUGCAUUGUUAUAUUAAUUUAUUUGAUAUCCUUUAUGAUUUGAUUUAUAAGAAACAAUUAAGCCAAGAUAUUAAAUUGUUUGUUUCAAUUACGAUUUUCAAUUCUCUUCAUUGUUUAUGCCUACUAAUUAAAAUUAUAGAUUUAACUACACAAUAUAGGUGAUGGAAAUUGAAAAUAAAAAUUAGUAUGAAAUAUGAAUUGUGUUUAUUUCUCAUUUCAGAUAUUGUACAGGUCCG